AUGUCCCAAGCCAGUGGUGGUGGUAACUCUUCCUCAAGCAACAAAAAGAAGCAAGCAUCAUUGAUGUCCUUCUUCAAGCCCGUGGCAGCCAAAAGUGAUUGGAACAAAGAUGUAAAUCAGUCUGCAAAUAACUCGGUACUGCAAAGCCGUGUAUCAUCAUCAUCACCCUUGAGGUCUAAAGUGACGGUUAAACAAGAAUUAUCAAGUGAUAAGGAAAAUGACAAUACAUUAAUGCAAUAUGAUGAAGACGAAUUUAGAGAUUUGUCUUUUUCUUCGAGUUUGACUUCGCCACCGGAUGUGAACGUGGUAAAACAAGAACCAAUUCUGUCAAAUGCCAUGAACAACAACAACAACAACAACAACGAAAGCACGCCCUCGAAGGAUCAUAGACCAGCACUCAAUUCCAGCCCCAUCAAUUCCAGUCGCCAUUCUAGAAAGCAAGUCAAUUAUGCUGAAUCUGAAGAUGAAGAUGAAGAUGAAGAUCCUGUCAUCCUGUCAUCUCGUAAGAAGAGAAAGAUUGUGCAAGAGCCAAGUGACGACGAAGAUGAUUUUCGGCCAGAUAUGUCAGAUGCGGAUGAUGAUGAUGAUGAUGAUGACGAUAUGAGUGACUUUGUGGUUGAUGAUGAUGGUGAUGAUGUUGAUGACGGUGAGCCAGAUGUCCUGGAUGACGAAGAUAUUGCUUUCAAACCUAAGAAAUUGAGUCAAUCACAGAAGUCAAAGUCAAGGUCGAUUCCCACUGAGACAUCAUCUUCAGAGAUUAAUACAACCAUGGACACAACUAAUACCACCACUUCCAAUGACUUGAAUGAUAAGUUUACUGCAUCUUCGUCAUAUGACGCUUCAGGAUAUGUUACAAAACAAUUUCUGUCAAAGCCAUUACCAACCACUAAAAGGAACUUUGCCAAAGAGAAUGAGGAAAGAUACCAGUGGCUCGUCAAUAUCAAAGAUGCAGAAAAAAGAUCUCCGGAUGACCCAAAUUACGACCCUAGAACACUUUAUAUUCCGCAGUCUGCAUGGUCCAAAUUUACUGCUUUUGAAAAACAAUAUUGGGAAAUCAAGUCCAAAAUGUGGAACACCGUCGUGUUUUUCAAAAAAGGGAAAUUUUACGAGUUGUAUGAAAAUGAUGCUAUAAUUGCAAAUACUCAAUUUGAUCUUAAGAUUGCUGGUGGAGGACGGGCAAAUAUGAAGUUGGCAGGCAUUCCGGAGAUGUCUUUUGAACACUGGGCAAAAGAGUUUAUUAGCCAUGGUUAUAAAGUUGCAAAAGUGGAUCAAAAGGAAUCCAUGUUGGCGAAGGAAAUGAGGGGUGGUGGUUCUAAAGAGGAAAAGAUCAUCAAAAGGGAAUUGACCGGUGUAUUGACUGGAGGUACGUUGACCAAUUUGGAUAUGAUCACAGAUGACAUGUCAACUUAUUGUCUUAGUAUCAAAGAGGAAGCAUGCGAAGAUGGGUCUAAGAUAUUUGGAGUUGCCUUUGUGGAUACGGCAACCUCGGAAUUGAACUUGAUCGAGUUAUAUGAUGAUGCAGAAUGCACCAAGCUUGACACAUUAAUUACACAAGUCAAACCUAAGGAAGUCAUUUGUGAAAAGGGAAACCUUUGCAAUAUUGCAACCCAGGUCUUGAAAUUUUGUGCUCAUUCGAAUAAUCAAAUUUGGAACAAUUUAAAUCCAAUUACUGAGUUUUGGGAUUAUGAUGUUGCCGUUGAACAAUUGGUUAAAUCAAAGUACUAUGAUGCUGAGGACAUGGACGACUUUUCAAAAUACCCUGAGGUACUCGUUGAUUUCAAAAAAAGACACUUCGUAGCAUUCAAUGCAUUUGGAGGACUAUUGUCCUAUUUGAAGACUCUUAAAUUGGAUGAGAGUAUCAUGAGUUUGGGUAAUAUAAGACAAUACAAAAUUUCAGAAAAUGAAACAUCGCACAUGAUUCUUGAUGGUAUUACUUUGAGUAAUUUGGAAAUUCUCAAUAACAAUUACGAUGGCGGAGAUCAGGGAACAUUGUUGAAGUUGGUGAAUCGAGCAACUACUCCAUUUGGUAAAAGACAUUUGAAAAAGUGGAUUUUGCACCCAUUGAUGCGUAUUGAUGAGAUUAGUCUGAGGUACGAUUCCAUAGAUUAUUUAAUGAGUGAUGGUUCUGAGUUGAGAUCUACCUUACAAGACUGUUUGACAGCUUUGCCUGAUUUGGAACGUUUAAUUGCUCGUGUACAUGGUGGAACCCUUCGAUUCCGGGAUUUCCUCAAAGUUGUUGAAAGUUUUGAAAGUAUCGCCAGAUUCUCAAAACAAUUGUUGGAAUUUGCCAACGUUGAGUGUGGGGUAUUGUAUAAAUACUUGCAAUCAUUCCCUCAAGAUAUGGUUGAGCAUAUUUCAGAAUGGGAGGAUGCAUUCGAUAGACAACAGGCCGUGAACGAUAUCAUUAUUCCUGCAAAGGGUGUCGAUGCCGAGUUUGACAAAUCUCAAGGUGUUAUUGACGGUUUGGAAAACCAACUCAAUGAGCUUUUGAAAGGUUACAAAAAAGAUUUCAAAUCGCAUGAGAUAUUUUAUCGUGAUUCAGGAAAAGAAAUUUAUCUUAUUGAACUUCCUGUGAAAUUGGUUAAGCACGUCCCACAAAGUUGGCAAACUAUGGGUGCUACAUCGAAAGUGAAAAGAUAUUGGUCACCAGAAGUGAAGCAAUUGGCAAGAGAAUUGAUGGAGCAAAGAGAGUUGCACAAGAUGGUUUGUGAUACUUUGAGAAACAGGAUGUAUGCCAAAUUCGACGCCCAUUACUCCACUUGGAUGAAAGUGAUCAAUUGCAUUGCCAAUAUUGAUUGCAUACUUGCAUUAACCAAGGUAUCUGAAUCAAUCAGUUACCCAUCAUGUCGCCCAGAAUUCGUGCAAGGUGACCAUGGUGUGCUCGAUUUCAAGGAAUUGAGACACCCUUGUUUUGUUGGUAAUGGAAACUUUAUCCCUAAUGAUAUUCACUUGGGUGGUGAUGAGCCCAAUUUUGGAUUGUUGACGGGUGCCAAUGCUGCUGGUAAAUCUACCAUUAUGAGAACCACUGCUUUGGCUGUCAUUUUAAGUCAAAUUGGAUGCUACAUACCCGCUUCGCUGGCUAAAUUAACCCCCGUGGACAGAAUAAUGACCCGAUUAGGUGCAAAUGAUAACAUCAUGCAAGGUAAAUCAACUUUUUUUGUUGAACUUUCAGAAACCAAGAAAAUUUUGAGUAACGCUACUCCCAGAUCAUUGGUGAUUUUGGAUGAAUUGGGUAGAGGCGGUUCAAGUAGUGAUGGGUUUGCCAUUGCUGAAGCAGUUUUGCACCACUUGGCUACUCAUCUACAACCACUUGGGUUCUUUGCAACACAUUAUAAUACCUUAAGCGUAUCAUUCAAGUCGCAUCCACAAAUCAAACCAAUGAGAAUGGCAAUUGUUGUCGACCAGGAGUCGAGGGAUAUCACAUUUUUGUAUAAAUUGGAAAGUGGUACAGCACCAGGAUCAUUUGGAAUGAAUGUGGCAUUGAUGUGUGGAAUCCCCAAAGAAAUUGUUGACAACGCUGAAGUUGCUGCAAAGAAAUACGAACAAGUUUCGAGUUUGAAACGGACGUAUGAGGAAGCAGAUAAAGACGAGGAAAUGAGUUUGGGUUUACAAAGUGAUUGUGUGUGGUAUGGAACUGAUAGAAUCGAGUUGUUGAAGCAGGACAUAUUCAACUAUGAAACUUCAGUACAAGAGAGGGCACUUGAUAAUGUCUAUAAAAUGAUUGAUUCUUUAUAG